CGUGAAGGACCCCUCCCCCUCCUCCUCUCACUCAGCAGCAGCGAUGGCGGACUUCGACAACUACGACGAGCGGGACCGGGCCUACUGCAGCUUCGGCGGCGGCAGAGGGCCCCGUGGAGGCGGCGGCGGCGGCUCCGGAGGCCCCAAGAAGCAGAAGGAGUUGCCCACAGAGCCUCCGUUCACGGCGUACGUUGGAAACCUGCCCUUCAACACGGUGCAGGGAGACAUCGACAUCAUCUUCAAAGAGCUCAACAUGCGCAGUGUCCGAUUGGUCAGAGACAAAGAGACGGACAAGUUCAAAGGGUUCUGUUAUGUGGAGUUUGAAGAUCUGGAGUCUCUAAAAGAAGCUCUGACGUACGACGGAGCUCUGCUGGAUCAGAGGUCACUGAGGGUUGACAUCGCAGAGGGGCGAAGGCAAGAGCGAGGAGGAGGAAGCGGCGGCGGCUUCGGCUUCAGGAAAGACGACGCCAGAGGUAUGAACGCCGAAGACCAGACAGGAAGGCGAGGAGGUUCUCGAGGAGGAGGUCCCAGAGGAGGAGGAGGAGGAGGACGUGACUCCAACGAGGACUUCGAGCAGCAAGGAGGAGGUUUCAGAGACGACGACUUUAUGGGAGGACGCAGUCGAGGCGGCGGUCGCCCCGGAGACAGGCGGGGGGGUGCUGGAGGACCGGGAGGACCCGGAGCUGGAGGACCGGCUCGCUUCAGAGAGGGCCCGCCCCCCCGCGGAGGAACGCCGGACUUCAGGGAACCGUCUGAUGAGGAGCGAGCACAGAGGCCUCGGCUGCAGCUGAAGCCCCGGACCGUCUCUGAGCCGCUCAACCAGGUCGCCAACCCCAACUCUGCCAUCUUCGGCGGAGCGAAGCCCCGAGAGGAGAUCUGAUUCAUUUCAAUCAGCAGCCACCUCCUCUCCCCCUCCUCCUCCUCCUCCUCCUCCUCCUCCUCCUCCUCCUCCCCUACCAGACGGUGGCGCUAUCAUCCCAGUGUCACCAGCAGGACAGAAGAAAAAUAAAGGUCUUUGUGCUGUUUUGUUUUGUCAGUGUGCAUCUUGUAGAAGCCGACUGCUACCAAUAAAGUUUUUUUGUAAAGAUUGAUGAAGUUUUGAAUGAACUGCAGAAGUCCAAAUUAUUAUUAUUGUUAUUAUGAUCAAUGGAAGUUUCUCAGUCGGAGCUGUCGGCCGUUGGUUUCACCUGUAAACUCCUCCGUGGUGAACCUGGUCCAGGUGAAGGUUUUCAGGUCCGGGUGGAUCCGGAUCGGGAUCGGGAAUCAAACCUGCGGUCGGUUUCGGUCUGCGUCGCUUCGUUCUCUGGACGUUUGCUUUACUGUACGAUAGAAUCAAACGGGCUGUUUUAACUCUUUGUUUUCCUACACUGUUUAUGGCAAUAAAACUCUCAUCAUCCUCA